UCGGUGGCGACCGGACGCUCGGAGCGAGCGGCCUGCAGGAGACGCGGGCUAGCAAGGCCUCCGCUCCGGAAGUCCUGAAGGACCCCUGCUGGGACCUUGCGGCCCCUUGGGAGGGAGGACUCGGUGUUCUUCAGCUGUGAAGAUCCGGGGCGACCCUGAGUCACCUCGUGUUCCAUAGUGCACGGCUCCCGUGCUAGGACUGAUGCAACGCCGGGGCCAGAUGGCCGCGGGGCAGCCGGUCUGACAGCGUGACCUGCUCUGUCCGGCCAGCCCCUCAGCUGGCAGGGCUGUGGUCAGCAUCCCGGAGCCUCCCGACACUGUGACUCACAGUCAUGGGGACGGAGGCGGCGGGGUGCACAGGGAGGGAGUGCCUCACCGCAGAGCUUUGAUCGAGGGUGUUCUAAGGGUCGCCCGCCUCCCAGCCACACGCUCUGGAAGUGUCCACCGUGGCCCUUCAAAAACUCAAGAGUGCCCUGAAACACGAAAGGGUUGGGUUUCCUAAGGUUCGAGGGAAGUCAUGGUGGAGCCUAAUGCGCUCUGGGAUAGCGGGGUGCCACGGUUCGGGAAGCAUGACGACCGAGACCUUCGUGAAGGAUAUCAAGCCCGGGCUCAAGAACCUGAACCUUAUCUUCAUUGUACUGGAGACAGGCCGAGUGACUAAGACAAAGGACGGACACGAGGUUCGGACCUGCAAAGUAGCAGACAAAACUGGCAGCAUCAACAUCUCAGUGUGGGACGACGUGGGCAACCUGAUCCAGCCUGGGGACAUUAUCCGCCUCACCAAAGGGUAUGCCUCAGUGUUCAAAGGUUGUCUGACACUCUACACUGGCCGUGGGGGCGACCUGCAGAAGAUUGGAGAAUUCUGCAUGGUUUAUUCUGAAGUUCCGAAUUUCAGCGAGCCCAACCCAGAGUAUAACACUCAGCAGGCGCCCAACAAAUCGGUGCAGAAUGACAGCAGCCCCACUGCCCCUCAAGCUACCACGGGACCCCCUGCUGCCUCUCCAGCCUCUGAAAGCCAGAACGGGAAUGGACUGAGCACCCAACCGGGUCCUGGUGGUGGCCCCCAUCCCUCUCACACCCCCUCACAUCCUCCCAGCACCCGAAUCACUCGAAGCCAGCCCAACCACACACCUUCUGGCCCUCCUGGCCCCUCCAGCAACCCUGUCAGCAACGGCAAAGAAACCCGAAGGAGCAGCAAGAGAUAGCAAGAAAUGAGUCCUCUCCUUCAACUACAAACCACGACCCAGGUGUCUCUGCCAGAGAACAAGACAGUCUUAUACUGGGCUGCUGGCUUUGAGAUUAGAGGGUGGAGUAGCUGUAUUUUAGCUAUUAAAUUCCCUGGAGGGGUGAGCAGUGGCCUUAUCCACCUCAAGUUCAUGCCCCCUUGUCCUGCUGAUGCUGCCUGUCCUCUGGGAUCCAGGGCCCUCUGCCUGCCCUCCUUCCUCUGGAAAAGACAGUCUGUUUUUUGUGUGUGUGUGUGUGGGAUAUGAGGGUCUAACUGAAAUCCCUCCUUCCUAAUAAAUGUGCCCACUAUG